UCAUGAACCGCUAGCCCAUUAGCAGUUGAGCUUUUGUGGCCUUCGGACCCUACAGUACAAUCAUUCCCAUCCGCCAAGUGUUAAGUGUGAGCUAAAGUUAUCUCCAGGUUACCGAACGAAAGAGAAAAGUUAGAUUCCACGCACUCAAGAGAAUGGCAGGAUCGGAAAACAAGGAUGUUCCGGAAAACGAAGAGGAGAUCUCCGGGCAGGAAGAUGUGGAUGAAGAGGAAUCCUCCGAAGAGGAGGCACCAGUAGUGGUGAAGGCAAAGCCCAAAUCAAAAUUCAUUCUGCUGCACGAGUUCAUUCGGGAGACAGAUAAGUUCCUAUCUCGGUUUGAUGAUCUGGUGGAAAAUAGAGACCAGCAGAAAACCCUUUAUCUGGCACGUACGAAUCCGCUGCGGGAGACGCUUGUGACACUGCUGUUACGGUUCAUUCAAAACGAACUGCCACGUGACGAUUACCUGUAUAAGCACAUUAAAUGCUGUGAUGAAGAGCCACUGAACAACGAAGAAUUCGCCGAGCACUACGAGGAAGCUCACAAAAAAGACGACGAAGGAAAGACGUCACCGGAACUGGAUGCCAUUGGGGCGUACAAUGAUGUCUGCAAGUUUUACAUCGCCGAGGGCAAAGUCGUGAACGUCGAUUUGCUGUUCAAACUGAGACGGCUACUGCGGAAGACGAACACGGUUAUGGGCGCAGUGCUUCUGGAUACGAGCGACGCCAUUGCAGCGCAAAUGAUUAAGCAAUAAUUAUUUUUAAGAACUUGAAACACUUGAAUUUGUGCAAUCACAUAUCAAACGACCUGAAAAAAAAAAUCGAAUAAUAAUGUUAAGGAAAUUACUUGUACAUGUAUGUAUGUAAA